AUGUCCAGUACUGAAGUAGAUAAUACUUUAUCUAGUUCCAGUACUACGCCUGUGGAUUUCUCUAAUCCUACGUCUAUUCAGAAAGUGCAAUAUUCCAAAGAUGACAAGGAGCUUAAUGACCUUCUGCAUGGAUUAAAAAAUAAUCCUGGCUUGAAAAAACUACCGCAUGUUCAAGCACACUCUGCAAUUUUUCAAGCAUUGAAGUCUCGUAUUGGCAAGAUUAAUAAUGAGACGUGCGAUCCCGGUGAAGAGAACUCGUUUUUCAUAUGUGAUUUGGGUGAAAUCAAGAGGCUAUUUAAUAACUGGAUGAAAGAGCUUCCAAGAAUUAAACCCUUUUACGCCGUCAAAUGUAACCCCAACGCCAAGAUUCUUUCGUUAUUAGCAGAGUUGGGCGUUAAUUUCGACUGUGCUUCCAAGGUGGAAAUUGACAGAGUAUUAUCGAUGAACAUUUCUCCGGAUAGAAUCAUUUACGCUAACCCUUGUAAAGUCGCCUCUUUCAUUAGAUAUGCAGCUUCAAAAAGUGUGAUGAAGUCUACUUUUGACAACGUGGAAGAACUGUAUAAGAUAAAGAAGUUUCAUCCUGAGUCUCAAUUAUUAUUAAGAAUUGCCACGGAUGACUCUACGGCUCAAUGCCGGCUCUCAACUAAGUACGGUUGUCAAAUGGAUAAAGUAGACUCUUUAUUGAAGGGUAUCAAGGAAUUGGGUUUGAACUUGGUUGGUGUCUCAUUCCACGUGGGCUCGGGUGCUUCUGAUUUCACAAGCUUAUAUAAAGCGGUUAGAGAUGCAAGAACAGUAUUUGAUAAAGCCGCUAACAAAUACGAUCUGCCUCCUCUGAAGAUUUUAGAUAUAGGCGGGGGAUUCCAAUUUGAAUCAUUCAAGGAAUCAACAGCUAUUCUGCGUCUCGCCCUAGAAAAAUAUUUUCCAAUAGGCUGUGGAGUUGAUAUAAUUGCUGAGCCUGGUAGAUAUUUUGUUGCGACUGCGUUCACUUUGGCUUCUCAUGUAAUUGCCAAGAGAAGGUUGUCGGAGAAUGAAGCUAUGAUCUACACCAAUGAUGGCGUUUACGGAAACAUGAAUUGUAUUCUAUUCGACCAUCAAGAGCCCCAUCCAAAAACCUUAUAUCACGGUUCGCAAUUCCACUACAACGAUUUUGAAUCCACUACCGCGACGCUCGACUCUAUCAAUAAGACAAGAGCCGAGUAUCCAUACAAAGUUUCUAUUUGGGGUCCUACCUGUGAUGGUUUGGAUUGUAUUUCUAAAGAGUAUUACAUGAAGCAUGAUGUUGUCGUGGGUGAUUGGUUUUAUUUUCCCGACUUGGGCGCAUAUACUUCAUCUGCUGCAACUCAGUUUAAUGGGUUUGACCAGACUGCAGAUAUAUUAUAUAUAGACUCCGAAUUUGAUUAA